CUUGGUCAUUGCCUCUUACUCAACUUCCUCGUUUACACGAAAAAGACAUGCAUAGUUUAGGACAGAGCAAUUAAUUUCUCUCGGUUUUAUUGAUUUAAAUAAAUUAAUUGAUCUGAAUAAAUAAAUCUCGAACGAUAGAUAUUAGGAGAAGGAGAUAAUUUAUUUUUAACAAUAAAAACAAAUUUUAUUGGACGGAAGAUCCUGUAAGCAACCAAGGUGGUUGUAUAUUUGGCAUAAUUUAUUGUAAAAAUAUAGAAGACAAACUUCUUUGUGAGCAAAGCACAAACUAAGCAAAUGACAAUCACAAUGCCUUUUAGGCUCGAAUGAAAGGAUAAAACAACAAAGCCCUGAUGAAAAACAAUCUUCGACAAUAUCAACCCCUUCCAUCAAGAGGCCAAAUCUUUUGUAUAAAUUGCUACCCCUUUAUUAUUUUCUCACCAUCCAAACAUCAACAGGCAAAGAAAGAGAAGAAACAUGUCUAAGGGAGAGGAUGUGGUUCUUUUGGAUUUCUGGGCCAGCCCUUUCUGUAUGAGGGUUAAAAUAGCUUUGGCUGAAAAAGGGGUGAGCUAUGAAGCAAGAGAAGAGGACUUGAUUGGUGGGAAGAGUGAGCUGCUGCUAAAAUCAAACCCAAUUUAUCAGAAGGUGCCUGUGUUUCUGCACAAUGAAAUGCCCCUAUGUGAAUCUACUGUAAUAGUGAGCUAUAUUGAUGAGACAUGGGCUUCACCGCCAUUGCUUCCGCCGUGUCCCUAUGGACGAGCUCAAGCUCGCUUCUGGGCUGAUUACGUUGACAAAAAGCUGUUUGAUGCAGUUCGAGAUGUAGUGCUGAGCAAAGGAGAGGCCACAGAGGCAGCCAAGAAGGAGUUGAUAGAGAUUCUAAAAGUGCUUGAAGGAGCACUUGGGGAGAAAGAUUUCUUUGUAGGAAAAGCUUUUGGGUUUGUUGACAUUUUAGCAAUCGCUGUAAGCAGUUGGUUUUUAGCUGCUGAGAAAUUGGGAAACUUCCAGGUUGAAGCUGAGUUCCCAAAGAUUUCAGGGUGGAUAAAGAGAUGCAUGCAGAAAGAAAGUGUUGCCAAAAUCAUUCCCGACCCUGAAAAGAUCUUGGAGUUUGCUCUCAUGAUGAGGAAGAUGCAUGGAAUUGACCACUAAUGAAUCAAUUAUUAUUGUCCCAAGUUUCUUCACUUGCUGAUCAAGGAGAUUCCAUGUCCUUUUCUUUUCUUUUCUUUAUCUUAAAAGAUGGAUAAACAUGAAGGAAAAUUGUCAUUGUCUUAUGACUUCCCAUAGUCUUUCUUGUUCUGAAUAAAAAAGGGAUUUAAUUUCCAA